UUGACAAAACACUUACCCAAAAUUUGCUUCCAUGUCCCAUUUCCAUCAGCCAAAGAAACCCUAACACAGACGCCCGCUCUCUCUAGAAACGUCUUCAAACCCUCCGGCUACGGUUACGGUUACCUCGAAUUCGAAUUGGGAGUUGAGAUUUGAGGAAUUAUCUCAAUCCACUGUUCAUUGUUACUGUGGCAGCUGUGGGACAGAAUUGAAAAAUGGGUGAAAUUGUGGGUUGAGCAGGGUUGAGUGCAGGUUACAUCUCUCUGCUUUCAUGACAUUGGAGCACAAUGGCAAACUAUUCAGGAACAGGAGCCCCUUCAAAUGGCUCUGUCUAUGUUUGUAACUUGCCUCAUGGAACUGAUGAAACUAUGUUGGCUGAAUAUUUUGGCACCAUUGGGUUGAUAAAGAAAGACAAAAGAACAGGUCGACCUAAGAUAUGGUUGUACCGGGACAAAGUCACUAAUGAACCAAAGGGUGAUGCAACUGUAACAUAUGAGGAUCCACAUGCUGCAUUAGCUGCUGUUGAAUGGUUCAACAACAAAGAUUUCCAUGGAAGCAUCAUUGGAGUAUUUAUAGCGGAGUCGAAGAACAAAGAUGAUCACUCAUAUAACUCAGGGAAUCAAGUGAAUGAUGUUGGAGAUCCUGGUGCAGCCAGUGACUUAAGGGGUUUAGAAGAAGAUCCUCUUGAUAUGAAUGGAAGUGCUGGAAGAGGUAGAGGUCGGGGUGAUGCUGCAGGAAAGGCAUGGCAACAAGAUGGAGACUGGUUGUGUCCGAAUACAAGUUGUUCGAACGUGAACUUUGCAUUUCGUGGUGUGUGCAAUCGUUGUGGAAGUGCUCGACCUUCUGGUGUGUCUGGCAGUGGUGCAGGGGCAGGUGGUCGGGGGAGGGGCCGUGGUGGUCCUGACUCUGCAGGCCAUGGCCGUUCAGUUGGUGCUCCAACAGGUCUUUUUGGUCCAAAUGAUUGGCCCUGUCCAAUGUGUGGCAACAUUAACUGGGCAAAGCGGACAAAGUGCAAUAUAUGCAACACCAAUAAGCCUGGCCAUAAUGAAGGUGGUGUGAGAGGAGGACGUGGUGGAGGUUACAAAGAACUUGAUGAAGAAGAACUAGAGGAAACCAAAAGACGCCGGCGGGAGGCUGAAGAAGAUGAUGGUGAGUUGUAUGAUGAAUUUGGAAAUCUCAAAAAGAAGUUCCGUGCCAAAACGCAUCAAGCCGAAGCUGGACAGGUGCUUCCAGGUGCUGGGCGUGCAGGAUGGGAAGUAGAGGAAUUAGGUAUGACCGACAGAGAUGGUAGAGAAAGAAGCAAAGACAGGGGAAGGGAGCGCGAUGACAGGGAGAAGAAUAGAGAACGAGAUGAUAGGGAUAGGCGUCGGAGCCGAAGCAGGGAGAGGGAUAGGGGAAAAGAUCGAGACCGAGACCGAGAUUAUGAUCACGAUCGAGACAGAGACUAUGGACGGGACCGGGACAGGGACAGGGACAGGGAACGGGACCGGGACCGGGAUAGAGACAGGGACCGGGAUCGGAGCAGAUACCGUUAUUGAGGAUGUAUUUAAGGUUCUAGCAUAGUAUUGGGCGGUCUUAACAUUUUGAGAUUAAAGUGGUUUUUUGGGCUUUGGCAAAGGAUGAGUUUGAUGUUUAAGCAUCUUUGCUUCUUUUAGUGAUCAAUCUUGGUCUGGAAUUGUAGAACUUACAUUUUACUAGUAUGUUUUGUUUUCCCCUUUUUGUUUGGAAAACUGUGACCUGUGUUCUCAUGUAUGCUUUCUUGUUAGGUGCUCUACUAUUGGGGGGAAGCCGGGUUUCUGGAACUCGAAAUGGGGUGUUCCUUGAAUCAAUUUGGUUGUCAUGUCUUCAUAUUAAAUUUGAUUUUGAAUGGAAUUGAUCACUUUUCAGUUCC